AUGUACCUGCAUUAUGUUUACCUCCGCGCCGAAAGAACGGCUGCAAACUACGUUAACAAAGAUAUGAAAGCUGGCAUUGCGUCCAUGGUGAAGACGUUAUCCCCAAAUACCAUCAACCUGUACGUGGUCAAUCUUGGACACAAGCUCUUUGUUUUGUUCAACGGACAUCGACUAUCGCCGUUUGAAGAGUACGCAUUUCUUCCAGAGGAUGAGAUCAUUCUGCUUACAGAAAACUUGGAGAUCAAAGAGAAGGUGAGUGAAAAGAUGGAGAUUCUGGGUAGGUGCUUUAGCAGCUGUAUCCGUAGUGAUGAAUACCGCGAGUACCUGGUGCGCUGGGUGCGCAUGUGCCCGUUUGACUUUCCCACAUGGGCCAGCUUUGAACUUGCCUGUCCUGAGAAUACAGUGUCAAAAGUAAGACGGCUGCUUGAUACUAUCCAAUUUCUGGUUCGGUGUACCAGCUUUGCCACAACAGAAAUGUUAAGGAGCCUGAAAAGUGGUUUACAUCAGGGAAGUUCCUUCCACCUGAGAACUUUUGGAGCGGGUUCGGCAACCUGUACAGCAGGGUUGUGA